CGGAGCCUGAGCUAAAAACACACUCCUGGAGGAAAAAAUGCGCUUUUAUAUGGACGUGACAGCCGACAAACACGUCUGCAUCCGCGGUUACAGAGGGCGACACAUUUGCCUCUAAGAAAAUGCCUUAUGGGAAACGAUAUCAUUCGAAUACAUUCCAGAACGAAAGGACCAAGAAUAAGCUGCAUUUUCUAUGCUAACGUUUUGUACCCAAUCUGCUGGAGCAGACCUUUUCGUCAACAUUGCAAACCUGCCAUCCUCAUCUACAGAAUCGACCCACCGACCGUCCUGACGGGCGACUGCCUAUCAUGAGAUUCAGAAUUUACAAGCGAAAGGUGGUAAUAUUGACUCUAGUGGUGAUAAUCUGUGGAUUCGCCGUCUGGAAUAGUGGGAAGCCUAAGAAGGCGAGUACUGUGUUUCCUAAAGAAGUGGAAACGGUUAAACGGAGUAGUGUUGGAAGUCAGAUACAAGCUACCAUUCCAGUAACCCGAAAACCAAUCAACGAGAGUAUCCCAGAAAAACAACAACAACAACAACCUGUUGCCAAAUCAGAAGCAGACAACACCACCCUAGUGUACAGAGGAAUCGUGUUCCAGCUCAACUUUGACCAGAAUCUUAAAAACGAGGAAAAAUUUCGAGCAGUGCGUCAAAAGGAUGACCUUGUCAUCGUCGUCCAAGUGCACAACCGUCCGGAAUACCUACGCCUAUUGGUGGACAGCUUGAGAAAGUCCAAAGGAAUCGAAAACAUCCUUCUGAUAUUCAGCCAUGAUUUCUGGUCUCCAGAAAUCAACCAAAUAGUGGCGUCUGUCGACUUCUGUUUGGUCCUUCAGAUAUUCUUCCCCUUCAGCAUCCAACUCUACCCACAAGAGUUCCCUGGGAAUGAUCCCAGAGAUUGUCCUCGAGACAUUCCCAAGAAAGAGGCCUUAACCCUGGGCUGCAUAAACGCAGAGUACCCAGACUCCUUCGGCCACUACCGGGAGGCCAAAUUCUCCCAAACCAAACACCAUUGGUGGUGGAAACUGCACUUUGUGUGGGAUCGAGUCCGAGUCUUGAAGGAUCACAAAGGACUGGUGUUGCUCAUCGAAGAGGAUCACUACCUCGCUCCAGACUUUUACCACCUUCUUAAACUGAUGGCAUCUCUAAAAAAAGAGCAAUGUCCCGAUUGCGAUAUCUUAUCUCUGGGUAGCUACGGACACAUCGGCUACUCGAGCAAAGCCAACAAAGUGGAGGUAAAAGCGUGGAAGUCCACCGAGCACAACAUGGGAAUGGCGCUGAACCGAGACGCCUAUCAGAAACUUCUCAGAUGCACCGAUGCCUUCUGCACUUACGACGACUACAACUGGGACUGGUCCUUGCAGCAUCUCACCGUGACCUGCCUGCCUGCAUUUCUAAAGGUCAUGGUUAGCGAGGCACCUCGUAUUUUCCAUGCCGGCGAUUGCGGGAUGCACCAUAAGAAGUCGGCUUGCAUGCCUAGUGGCCAGAAAACUAAGAUUGAAAACGUUCUGCAGAACAGCGGGAAUCAGCUGUUCCCCAAACAAUUACUCAUCACUAAGAGACUCCCAGCGUCUGGGGCCAAAGGAGUGGCUCCGCAUGUCAAAAAUGGCGGCUGGGGGGACAUCAGGGACCAUGAACUCUGCAAGAGCUACCUUCGAUUACAGUGAACUUUAUAUAUGAUCUUCUUUUUGGUUGUUUUUUGCAUCCUCUAAUGAAAGCCUUUAAGAGUUCUUUAUGGACGUCUUCUUCAUAUUGCCUGUUUUAUUGAGAUACUCCAAAUAAAAAAAGUAUGUGAUGUUUGGA